AUGCAGCGACCCCGAUUCGCUUGGAUAAAGAAGCUUGGACAAGAUCAGUGGGACUUCUCCCAUUACUUUGAGAAGACCGCUGAGCUCCAGGAAUACACACUCGACAUGUCGGGUCAAACCAAACCCAUCGCCACUCAGAAGAUGUUCAUAGCUCAGAGCUGCCCCUGGAUGACGUUGCCGGUACCCAACAAAUCCAUCCAGAAUCUCGGAACCCCUGGCGUCUGCUACCAAUGGAUCGGCGAUAUUGUCAUUGUUGGUGCAGAUGGAGACCUCAACAUGCGCGACUUUCGCGCAGUCGUGGACUGGUUCCAGUGUUAUGAAUACAAUAAGGCACUUCUUGACCCCAGUCGCUUCGUUGGUCACACCUACACCGGUGUCAAAGCAUAUUGCAAAGGCGAUAUGGACAGAUACAAGGCUCCUGAGCUACAGCAGGUACAAAUCACUCCAAGCAUUGCUAUGAGACUCGGAUUGCGUUCACUAGGCUACUUCGACAAGGUCAUUUCAUUGGCCUGUACCAACCCUGAUCCUCACGCUCUCGGCAUGCCUCCGACCUGCAACUACUACCACUUCAACAAGAACAGUCUCAUGCUCAUGCUUGACUCGGUCUUCUUCACUGACUACAACUAUCUGAAAAAUUGGCUGGAGAAGCCAGCGCUGCCUACUGGCUCCUUAAUUUUCCUCCGUGUCGACAUGACCCCGCUUCAGAUUCAGGAGUUUCGAGACAUGCAGGACUUUCUCCUCGAGCAGGUCAAGAAUCAUGCCAGUCCUAUUGAUGAGAAGAAGGAAAAGGCAUUAGCGGCGAGUUUAACAUGGGAGAAAUGGCGAGAGUUUUUGGCACAUCGUCAAGCAACAGCCGACCUGGAUUGA